AUGUGUUUUGAAAAAGAUCAUCCAUAUAAAUCGAUACGAAGGUGUAUAAAACAUAAUAAUCAAGAACACAUUUACUAUGAUGUAUCACGACUUGAUCCACAAUUAUUUUCACAAUUACCCUAUUGUCUUCGAGUUUUACUGGAAUCUACUGUUCGACAUUGCAAUAAUAUUUCAAUUGAAAAUAAACAUGUACAACAAAUUUUAAAUUGGCAAACAAAUGCUAUGCCAAGCAGUGAAUUACCUUUUUUGCCUGGUCAAGUGAUCAUGCAUGAUUUUUCUGGUUUACCAGCAAUUAUUGAUUUAACUGCAAUGCGUGAUGCUGCAGCUAGUUUAGGUGCUAAUCCAAAUUUAAUUCAACCUAGGAUACCAACAACACUUCUACUUGAUUAUUAUAAUAUUGAAGCAGAUGUUGCAAGAAAAAUUGUACGAAAAACAACCGAUACAAAUCAUGCAACAAAUUUAGAAUGCGGAUAUGAAUUAUGUCCAUUUCAUCAAGAAAAAACAAUUUGUGCGGAUGCUAUUGAAAGAAAUCAGCAAUUAGAAUUCGAACGUAAUAUUGAAAAAUUACAAAUUUUAAAAUGGAGUGCAAUAGCAUUUGAUCGUCUAUCAAUAGUUCCACCUGGAAUUAGUGUAUGCCAACAAAUCAAUCUUGAAUAUCUAUCGAAGCUACUCAUCACAGAAAAAAAUAAAAGAGAACAAAUAACAUUUGUUUUUCCUGAUACAAUUAUCGGCACAGAUCCACAUACAACACUUUCGAAUGGUUUCGGUGUACUAAGUUAUAAUAUGGGUACAAUUGAAGCCGAAACAGCUAUGUUUGGACAACCGAUCAAUAUUCGUCUUGCAUCAGUUGUUAUUGGUUGUCGUCUUGUGGGACAACCUCAUUUUAUGUCCACCUCAACUGAUCUUAUAUCCGCUUUGAUGAAAUAUCUUCGUUUGAUUGGUCUUGAUAAUAAAUAUAUUGAAUUUUUUGGUUCAAGUUUAAAAUAUGUAACUAUUGCUGAUCGUUCUUCUAUAGCGCAUUUAUGUGUUGGACAAGGCGCCUUACUUGCUUAUUUUCCGUUGGAUGAUCUAUGUCUAAAACACUUUUCUCGUACCGGUCGAGAUCCGUCGUUUAUCGAUAGAUUGCGUGAUUAUUUAAUUGCAGCUAAAUUAUUCAGUGAUGAUGUUCAACAUCAAAAUAUUGUCUAUACGGAUGUUUAUGAAUUUGAUUUAUGUACUGUGACUCCCAGUUGUAGUGGACCAAAACGUGCUCAAGACAAAGUAUCUUUGAAUUCGAUGAAAUCGGAUUUUCAAGAAUGUCUCACGGCGCCACCAGGAUUUAAAGGUUACAACCUUCCGGCAGAUCAACUCGAUUGUUCUAUAUCAAUUUCUCCUGAUGAAACAUUGAAACAUGGUUCAGUAACUCUUGCUGCCAUAACAAGUAGUGCUAAUGGAAUCAGUCAUGCUACAUCGUUAUUAACCACAGGUCUUCUAGCAAAAAAUGCACUUGACUGUGGCCUUCGAAUCCCAAGUUUUACUCAAACAUAUUUAUCGCCCGGCAGUGGUGUUGUAACUACAUAUUUACGUGAGAGUGGAACAUUGAAAUCUUUGGAAAAACUAGGCCUCCAUGUAACCGGUUAUGGUUGUAACGAAUGCAUUCAAAAUGAAGAAACGAAUGGAUUAAAACCGGAUAUAAAACAAUUUGUAAAUGAAAAUAAUCUGAUUACCAUUGGUAUGAUCAGUGGUACGCGUCAAACUCAACAACGACAUUCACUAAUUAAAGCAAACUAUGUUACAUCACCGCCAUUAGUACUUGCGUAUGCAUUAGCUGGAAAUGUUCUCACUGAUUUAGAACAAGAAACAAUUGGUGUUGAUAACAAAAAUCUAUUCUUAAAAGAUAUUUGGCCAAGUCGCCAAAUUGUCGAAGAAAUUGAAGAUGAAAUCAUAAUUAAAAAGUUGUUGAAUCAAAUUCAUGAAAAUAUUCAAACCGGUAAUCCACAAUGGAAUUCAAUACGAAUUCCUUCAAUUCAUUUAUAUCCACAAUAUCCAUGGGCAGAAUAUUCAACGUAUAUAAAACGACCACCAUUUUUUGAUACAAUAGCUAAGCAUAAUCCUUUGUCAAAAACUAUAUGCAUCGAUAAUGCACGUGUACUUCUGUACUUGGGCGAUGAUGUUUCAACUGAUCAUAUAUCACCAGCCGGUUCUAUAUCUCGAACUUGCCCAACUGCCAAAUAUUUAUCACAAAAAGGAAUUACUCCACGUGAUUAUAAUUCCUAUGGUUCUCGUCGUGGUAAUGAUGCUGUAAUGGUUCGCGGUACCUUCAACCAUCACCGUUUAAACAAUAAACUUGUGACGAAACGUGCAUCACCACUUGUACCAUCAUCAUCCCCAUCACCCGCAACAGCCACUCUUUAUUUAUCAACAAAUACAGAAAUGGAUAUUUUCGAUGCAUCGGAACACUAUCGAACAACAAAAACACCACUUAUUGUUCUUGCUGGAAAAAAUUAUGGUUGCGGACCAACAAGAGACUGGGUUGCUAAAGGACCUUGGAUGCUUGGUAUUCGAGCUAUACUUGCCGAAAGUUUUGAACCACAACAUCGUUCUAACUUGAUUGGUAUGAGUAUAUUACCAUUACAAUUCAAAGAUGGUGACACGUGUGCAUCGUUGAAUCUAACCGGAAGAGAAAUUUAUUCAAUCGAAUAUAAUACAGACGAUAACAAAAACUUAGCUAAUGUUAAACUUGAUAAUGGUAAAACAUUUUCAAUGAUAGCUCGUAUUGAUACAGAAAUUGAACGUCUUUACAUGCUUCAUGGUGGUCUUCUCCCUUACGUACUUCGACAAGCACUCAACUGA